CAGCACCGGUUCAGCUGGUUUGAUUCACUUUUCUCCGCAGUCAUGUCCCUGUCCAAUGUCGCUGUUUGUUUGAUUUUACUGCUUCUUGAAGCAGAAUGUGCGCUGACAGCGGUUGGAUCUGAGGUGGUUUCUCUGCGCUGUAGGUUCGGUUUUAUCCCCUGUAAGGACGGAUCUGACUGCGUUCUCUACAGUCACCUGUGCGAUGGUGAAGAAGACUGUCCUGAUGGCUCUGACGAACAAGACUGUGCUGCUUUCUGCACCAUAGGUCAGUUUCAGUGUGCACAUGGUAAGAAGUGUAUAGAACAGAGGCAGGUGUGUGACGGUGUGGCUCAAUGUCAAGAUCGCUCGGAUGAAGUCAACUGCUUCAAGAAGGACGACGGGUGCGCUCAUCGCUGUGACAGAGACCGCUGCAUCCCAAAAUCCUUUGUCUGCGAUGGAGAUGCCGACUGUUCGGACGGCAGCGAUGAGGCCAGCUGUAAUGUUAGCCCUGAUGAUGAUGAUGAUGAUGAUGAUGAAGAUGAUGACAGAAGCACAGAGGAGGAAGAGACCAAUGAGUCUGAUGGUUCAGAGGAAGCCCCCGUAGAGGUAGCCCCCCUGCGCUGUUCCUUCGGCUCGAGGUUAUGUCGAGACGGGAUGGAUUGCGUUUUGCAUAAUCACGUGUGUGAUGGAGAGCAGGACUGUAAGGACGGAUCGGAUGAGGACGAGUGCUCCGUCGAGUGUGAAUCCGGUCAGUUUCAGUGUGCACAUGGUAAGAAGUGUAUUGAGCGGAGGCAGGUGUGUGACGGUGUGGCUCAAUGUCAGGAUCGCUCGGAUGAAGUCCACUGCCAUAAACAGGAUGACGCCUGCGAUCAUCGCUGCGACGAAAACCGCUGCAUCCCAGAAUCCUUCGUCUGUGAUGGAGAAGCCGACUGUGCCGACGGCAGCGAUGAGGCCACCUGUGGUGCGGAGAGCUGCAGCGCUGCAGAAUGGAGAUGCGGCAGCGGUCAGUGUGUGUCCGUCAGCAUGCGCUGUGAUGGUCAUCCGGACUGUAAAGAUCAUUCAGAUGAAGAGAACUGCGCUGAACCUCCACCCUGCGGCACACAACGCCGCUGUCCACACAGCCAUGAGUGUCUGCUGGACGAGUGGAUGUGUGAUGGAGAAACGGACUGUAAGGAUGGGACGGAUGAGAAGAACUGUAAGGAAUCUCCAGUGACGUGUGGAGAAUUCCAGUGGUCCUGCUCUUCUAAGACUCAAUGUGUUCCACACGACUGGUGCUGUGACGGAUCUAAAGACUGCAGGGAUGGAAGCGAUGAGUCUGCCUGUGCGCCCGUGCCGUGUCCUCCUCAUCUGUUCCAGUGUGGAAGUUCUGAGUGUGUGGAUCCGUCUCAGCUCUGUAAUGGAGUCACUAACUGUCUAGACGCUUCUGAUGAAGGUGGAGAGUGUCUGAAAGAGAAAUGUUCACAGGAGUGUGCGCAGGAUUGUCACGGCACACCCACAGGCCCGCGCUGUUGGUGUAAGAUGGGCUAUAAGCCUGUAGAUGGCGGUCUGGUGUGUGUUGAUGUUGAUGAGUGUGCGAGCGGUCCAUCCGUCUGUUCACACUACUGUAACAACACAGACGGCUCAUUCCAGUGCUCCUGUAGUCAUGGUUACGUUCUGGAGCCUGACCGCCACCGCUGUAAAAUCACAGGUGAGCCGUACCUUCUGGCGGCUGUGCAGUCUGAAGUCUUUCUGUUGGGUCUGAGGAGCUCCAGUCUGGACGUUCUUCUGUCCUCCGAGAAGCGCUCCGUCCUCUCGCUCGACUACGACAGGCAGAAGCAGAGAGUGUACUGGAUCGGUCUGGACACGGACCACAUCCGAUGGCUGUCACGGGAUCAGAAGAGCAGAGGAACUGUUAUUAAAGGUAUACAUGCAGAGAGUCUGGCAGUGGAUUGGGUGGCGAGGAACCUUUACUGGGCCGACAGUGUGAACGGACAGAUAAACGCAGUGGGAUUGGACGGCAACGGCACCAGAACCACAGAUCGUGUGGUGAUUCUGGACCGAGAUCUCGGGCAGAUUCGCUCUUUAGCUCUGAUGCCACAGAAAGGUCUGAUGUUCUGGUCAGAAACGGGGGAUGAGGCUCAGAUCGAAUGUGCCGGAAUGGAUGGAUCAGAAAGACGAGUGUUGGUCAGUCGCUCUCUUCGAUGGCCGGUCAGUCUGACCGUGGACUCUCUGCACAACAGAAUCUACUGGACGGAUGAAAAACUCAAGUGCAUUGGAUCGGCCGAUCUGGAUGGAGAAGAUAUUAAGCUGCUGCAGUUAAUGGAGACGCCCAGUCCAUUCUCAGUGUCCGUAUUCAAUGAUAUGAUGUACUGGUCUGAUACCAAACGAGGAACCAUUCAGAGAGCUCACAAAACCAGCGGCAAAAACCACCAAGUCCUGCUCAAACGGCCCGGACAGCCGUUCGGUCUAAAGGUGACUCAUCCUCUGUUACAAGCCAUCGUUUCAAACCCGUGUGUGUCCAAGCGCUGUUCUCAUCUGUGCGUGUUGGCCCCGGGUCUGAAGAGCGUCUGCAAGUGUCCGUCACAGUUCCUGCUGGAUAAAGAUGGACACACCUGCUCGAAAUCCAAAGACUCGUCCUUUGUGCUGUUUCUCUCUCCUAAUGCCAUCACACAGGUCUUUUUGCAGAGCAGACACAGCAGCUCUGGUCUCCGGGAAUGGCCCGAGCAUCGUCAGUUUGACCUCCCAAAGGUGAUGAAGCCCACCAAGUUUGACUUGGUUCUGCGAGACCUCACCCUGUACGUGUCGGAUGCUAACCAGCCCGCCGUGGGACUGUUCAAGAUGAAAGACGCCGGACUGGUGCCGCGUGGAAAACUUCUUGGGCUACACAAGGACUCGAUCCGUGCGUUUGCAGUGGACUGGAUCUCAUUAAACGUGUACUGGAGCAGCGAGAAGCUCCCCGGCCUGCAGGUCACGUCACCGGAGGGCACGCACACCAGCGUGUUAAUUGGAGACGGCGUCGGGGGGAUCGAGUCCAUCGCCUUGCACCCGCCCAGCGGACGUCUUUGCUUCACAAAUAAAGUUCAGGAGGGUGACGGGAUCACGGUGGAGUGUGCCAACAUGAACGGACAGAACCGAAGCGUGGUGUGGAGUAAAGCAGUCCGGCCAACUUUACUUCUGCUGUCCGAUGAGGGGAAUCAAGUCUACUGGGCUGAUGCUGAUUACAAUCUUUCUCCAGGUCUUGCCGUAAUCGCUUCAGUUGGAACCGAUGGUUCAGGAUACACGGAAAUACAAACAGAAGGAUUAACAGCGUUUGCUUUAGUCAACAAUGUGCUGGUUUGGGUUACUAAAACAGACCGCAGUAAGUGUUGGUUCAGUGACGAUCAGGACACCGGUAAGCUGUGGUUUGAAGUGAAAACUGAAAUCACUGGGAUGAAAGCUCUAGCUAAAUCGAACCAAAAAGGUACAAAUCUUUGUUCUAAUGCUAACGGAGGCUGCCGUCACAUCUGUCUGCCGUUUCCCGGAGGAAUGACGUGUCACUGCAGCCACGGUCAGCGGCUGGUCAACGGUAAAGACUGCGUCCCGGAUCCUCGAUGUCCUGACGGCACCAAACCCUGCUUGAGUCAAGAGAUCUGUCUACCGCUGAAUCAAUUCUGCAACGGCGUCGCCGACUGUCCCGAUCAUUCGGAUGAGAACUGUCUCCAUGACGGCGAAGAGAAAAAGGUGGGACUCCGUCCCAAAUCAUUUCGUCCAGGUUUGAGCGAGAACAUCGUACCGGAGAACGUGGAGGCCGAGGCGUGUGGUGAUAAACUGUGUAACGGGAAGGGAAGAUGUGUGAGGCGGGACGGAGCGACGGUGUGUGAUUGUGAUGCGGGUUAUAGUGGAGAACGCUGUCAGGAUCUCAUGGGCGGACUCGCGCAGGGACCGGUUGUGUACGGAGCGGUCGGGCUGUGUGUCGCCGUCAUAGUUCUGGGUGUUACCAUCGGAGUCAUACAGACGAAAAGGACCAAUCGGAGGGACUCAUCACAGGUCGUGAUUGAGCACGAAACGAGCAUGAAGGAACUACAGAGCAGAUCAGAGACGCCUUCCACAAAACCUAAUGGAAAAGACACAGAAUUCUCAGAGGAGAAUGUCACAUCUGUGGACUAACGUCACCAUACUGGUUGUAUAUAUUGAUUUUUAUGGAUUAAAACAUUUGGAAAGUAAAUGACGUUCACAGUCGG